CAGUUGUCAUGUAGUUUGACAUGUUAGAAGAUUUUUAUCCUAAUAAGGAAAUCACCGAAAACAAUUUUAAAAAUAUUCGACAACAAAACGUGCCGUGUGUGAAAAUUAGGAAAUUUACACACUAUUUCAAAAUGGAUAAGGCUACAGGAAGAAGCAAAAAAGAAGCCAAAGAUGAGAAACAAAAAGAUCAAAAGAUUGAAGAGCAGAUCGUGAAAAUGUUAGAGGAAGAAGCAGCUGGCACAACGCCGGAGGAAAAAUUUGCAAUUCUUCUUCGUAAGCAUGUAGAAAGUGAACGAGCGUCUAGAAAAUUGCGUCAGGAGAUGAAAGUGCAAGAGAAGCAGUUGGAGACGGUGUUGCGAGAGAAGGAAAAUUUACAACGUGAAUAUAAUAAAAGUGUGUUGAUGCGGGACAAAUUGCAGGAAGUUUGCCGCGAGCAGCAGAAGCUAAUAAAGUCUGUGAAAAAUGAGAGCAUACAAAAAAUUCGUGAAGAGGAGGAAAGGCGCAAGGAAAGCCAAUCAAAAUUCCAAGCAUCCCUGAAUGAGAUCACACAAUCGUUAACUAAAAACAAUGAAGAAAAUUUGAAAUUGCGAGACCAUAAUUUGGAAAUGACCAAAAAAUUAAAAAUGUUGGCAGAACAAUAUCAUAUGCGUGAACAACAAUUGGAGAAAUUAAACGAACAAGUACAGUUGGAAUCACAAUUACAUCAGGCCAAAUUGAAUAAGGUGCAAGUUGAAGCGGCUAUGGAAAAAGAAAUUUUGCUAAAAGAAAAGCAAAUUGCGCUGGAAAAGUUUGUGCACUCUCAAAAAUUGCUGAAAGAAUUGACAGAACGCGAGGCGGCGCUGAAAGAGCAGCUUACUCUGUACACAGCUAAAUAUGAUGAUUUUCAAAGUUCAUUACAGAAAUCCAAUGAUAUAUUUGCAACAUACAAAAUUGAACUAGAACGGAUGGCCAAGAACACACGCAAGUUAGAAAAGGAAACACUUGAAUGGAAAAGUAAAUGGGAGAAGAGUAAUGCGAUACUUAUUGAGUUGGCUACAGAGAAAAAGGAGCGUGAUGAACAUGCUGCGCGUUGCAGCAAACAGGUAGACCAGUUACAAAAAUUAUUGCGCGCAUUACAAAAUGAACGUUCACAUUUGUAUAAAGUGCUGCGUGAUAAUAACAUUGAAUGUCCGGCCAUGCCGCAACUACCACCCGAACCUGAGCCCAUGCAAACACAGGCACCCGCACCGUCAAGUAGUGGUGCAUCAGACAAAGAUAAAAUGGAGAUAAUGUCGCGAAAUUGUGCCGAAUUAAAACAAACCCUCGCUAAUCUACAAAGCCAAAUGAAGUUUUUGAAUGUCAAUUCCGGUGUAAACUCAGACGCUAAUGCUAAAGGUACGCAAUCAGCUGUUAAGCAGCAACAGUCGGAGGACACAAAUAAGAAACGUCAACGCAAAAAACAAAAAUCGAAAAGCAAUAAGAAUGGCAAAGAAUCCUCGCCCGCUCCCGAAACGGAGCUACUUAAUGACACUACAAAUGCAAUUCAUACAGAAAAUGAUGAUACCAGCAAUUUGCAGUCGGUCGUAGCCGAAUCAAUUGAAACAUCAGCGACAAUAUCGACAGAAGUAGAUUCUAGUGCAGCUGUUGCAAUUGAGCCAGAAAUACCGGUGACUCCUGAACUUGCUGCAAAGGCAGCAGAAUUGACUGUUGCAGAUGUAACCGAUGCUGCUGAAGCAACUGUCGCAGAAUUGGUGAAUGGUACCGAAAAUGCGCCGACAACUGAGCUAUCGCAGCAGCAAGUGCAACAACAAUUAGACGUACCAGUGCCAAAUUAGUGCUGCCACUUUCAUUACUUUUUAUAAUAUUCAUACAUCGCAUCAUCGCAAGUUGAGCGCAUACACUUAACCACCUAAAUUAUCCUUCACCAUGUUUUGUUCUUUAUCAAAUUUAUUUAUGUAUGCGCAUUAAUGCGCUAAAUAACCUUUUUCGAUUAUUUUAUCACUUCGCAAAAUUUAAGAAUUUUCUAAAUAAAGUCCUGGUCUUGAUUUCGUAAUAUCAUCUGAAGAAGUACAUUUCUUGCCUCUCUAUAUCUAUAUCUUUUGGUUAUAUAUAGCUACAUAUGUAUAACUUUUUUUGUUUUGUUUUUAAUUUUAUUUAUAAUACAUACAUAUAUUAAAUUAUUUAUCUGUUUUUGUAUUAACAUUAUUUUUAAGUUAUUCCACACAUAUUACUUCACAAAAAUUGUUGAUGUUUCGAAAUUAUAGCGAGAAAUAUUGAAAUAAAAUCAUAAAAUAUGAAAAUCGUAUAAGCA